CUCUCUGAAUGUGAUUGACUCUCUUGUCGUCUUUCUCUCUAGUUGUGGACGAGGAAAAGUAGCCAUGGUGAAUUUCACGGCAAAUUCAGCCGGUUGACGGGUCGUGCUCUCUAUUUCUCAACGCCUCUCUCUCUCUCUCUCUCUCUCUCUCUCUCUCUCUCUCUUGUCUUGAACCCAUCCAUUAAAGAUGGACUCUCGCACUCAUUCUCUCUCUUUCGCUUUUUGUUGUGCAACACACUUUUCCCGAAAAUCAAAUUAUCUGCACACUUUGCUGUGACUGAUAUUUUGGGUGUUCAAGUAUCAUUUACCUUUUUCUUUCCCUCUCUAUAUCUUCCGGUAAUCCUAUGCUUUUCGGCUAAGAGAAUUGGAGUCGUGCACUUUCAUGCUUCUUUUGGAGAAUCGAUUCGUAGGUUUCUAAUUUCAAUUGAUUCUUGGUCUCUAUUUGUGUGGAAUAGCCUUCUCUUGUAUCUUUUCCCACCCCGAGUUCUCAUCCAUGAACGAACACCGGUUGUGAGUAUUCUGGCUUUUCAUGAGCAAGGCGAUCAUGUGCUCUUUGUACCGUUUUCGUUCAGAUAUUUUCUUUAUUAUCUAUGGGAGAGACGCGGAAGAUACUCUGAAAAGUUAAAAGUCUGUUUGGAUUACGGAGGAAUUUGAAGGAAGUAUUGUGGUUUAAGAGCUGGGCUGUGGCAAUUUUCCAUAGUCAAGAGUCUUUGGUGGUUUGAAAGAUACUUGCAGAGUUCUGAUAUUUUUUUUCUGAUCAGAGGGUAGGUUGCGCUCCUUUAUAUUGAGUAGGGUCUCUUUCUAGUUCAACUGCUAUCUGUUCCGCUGAGAAAAAGUCUCGGAGUCUAAUUGCUUCCUAGUAAACCCGGGACAGAGCUUUCGGAUCAUCGUUCUGGUUUCAACUCCACUGGAUCUAACAUAGUCCUCUUUUGAUGGGGUCUGAUGUUGCUGAGGUGGUGGAAAGUCAGUCCAUUCCAUGUUCCUUCAAGGUGCAUUGUUUAAUGUGCACUGAACUUCUGAAUUUGGUUGAUAGAAUAUCAAGAAUAUUUCCGGCUAUAGAACUGGCUCGCCCUCGAUGUUCAUCAGGAAUACAGGAACUAUGCUCAUUAAACCGUGCAGUUGAGAGAGCCAAUCUACUUCUUCAAUACUGCAGCGAGUCUAGUAAACUUUAUCUGGCAUUAACAGGGGAUGUAAUAGUCUCAAGAUGUCAAAGAUCAAGGAAACUGUUGGAGCAAAGUUUAGGACAAGUUCAAACGAUGGUUCCACUUGAGUUGGGUGAAGAGAUCUCUCACAUCAUAGAUGAUCUUAGGCAUGCAAAAUUUAUGCUGGAUUCAUCUGAAGAAGGGGCCGGUAAGGCUGUGCGAGGAUUGCUCCAUCAGGAUGCUUCUACAACAGAUUUAGUGGAAACUUCUGAAGUUAAAGCUCUUCAAUUGGCAUUUUCAGCUCUUCAUAUUUCAUCCCCAAAGGCUAUCUUGAUAGAGAAGCGAUCUAUCAAGAAGCUGCUUGAUAAAGUUGGUGAUACUGACACAACUAAAAAGAAGAUUUUAAAAUAUCUUUUGUAUUUAUUGAAGAAGUAUGGAAACUUGAUCCUUCAAGAGCAAUCAGCAAGUGCCUGUGUUCAGCGUGAACGAGCGUCUGCAUUUGAGAACUGCAGUAGUAGUUCUGCACAUAGCCUGUCUACUGAAGUGGGAUUGCGCAUGGUAUAUCAGCAUCAUGAGGCUCAAAUUGACUUCUUAAGUAGAGCUACACCUCCUGAACAAUUUAAAUGUCCUAUAUCAUCAAAGUUGAUGUAUGAUCCUGUUGUCAUUGCAUCUGGACAAACAUUUGAGAGGAUGUGCAUACAGAAGUGGUUUGAUGAGGGUAAUGAUACAUGUCCAAAGACUAAAAUGAAACUGGCCCACCUGUCAUUGACUCCAAACAAUACCAUGAAGGAUUUAAUAUCGAAGUGGUGCAUGAAGUAUGAAGUCAUCAUUGCUGACCCAACUAUGCUACCAGAAUUCGUUCACUCUUGGGAAGCUUCUUCCGCUUCUAUUGCUAGUUUUGGCAGUUCUAUGAAUGAUCUACACUUUCCGAUUGAUCUCAGCAAUGUAUCACUUGGAUCAUUAGAGACUAGUUACACUUUGGAUUCCUCACACAGUAAGACAGCAGAUGGCUUAAACUUAAAUUCUAUGUGGACAAAAGGCGAGCUCAAAUUUCAAUCUAAUGCAGGUAUACAUGAGACAGAUUUGGAACGUCUAUCUAAAUUAGCUGAACUUGAAUGGGAAUCCCAAUGCAAAGCCAUUGAAGAUGCCAAAAAGCAUCUGAAUGUCAGUGAAGAAGCUUUUCUAUUUGUGUCAUAUGAUGAUUUUGCUGAACCAAUAAUUAGAUUUCUGAAGGAUGCACAGGACCGGCAUGAUGUAAAAGCUCAAAAGGCUGGAUGUCAGUUGUUGUUGACAUAUGUGAGCAAAAACAGAAGUGGGAUCUCAUACUUAUGGGAAGGAGCAUUUAGUGUCUUGACCACUUUUCUUAAUUCAGCAGCAGCAGAAGAAGCCCUAUACAUAUUGGAAGUGUUGUCUGGGCACCCGUACUGUAGAGAUAAAAUUGCAGCAUUUGAUGCUUUAAUAGCCAUCUUAAAGAUGCUCGACUCCAAUAACACAGAUUUCCAGGAACAGGCCAUCAAAAUUCUGAGCAAUUUGUCCUCCAAUAGUGAUGUUUGUUCCGACAUUGUAUCUUUGGAAUGCAUCCCAAAAUUGGUUCCUUUCUUAGUUGAUAGCACUUUUGCAGGACGUUGUGUACUUCUAUUGAAGAACUUAUGCAGGACGGAGGAGGCUAGGAUUUCUGUUGCUGAAACUAAUGGAUGCAUUGCCUCUAUUGCUGAACUACUUGUCUCUGACAGUCACGAGGAUCAAGAAAAUGCAGUGGCUGUUCUCCUUUCACUAUGCUCUCAACGUGUUCAGUAUUGUAAGUUGGUCAUGGAUGAGGGUGUCAUUCCUGCUCUUGUUGAUAUAUCUAUCAAUGGUAAUGACAAGGGCAGGGCGAGUGCAUUGGAGUUGCUCCGGUGCUUGAGAGAUAUCAAGUAUGUUGAUGAUCGAGAGUACUCUGUACCUGAUAUCAACGCCUCUAGAGACCCUCCAAAUCUCUCUAAAGAAAAGAAAUCACCCAAGGCAACUGGGUUUUUUGGAAGGAUACCAAUUUUCUCAAAACCCAUUUCUUUCACUGCAAAAAAGAAGAAAUGAAACUAGCGUCAGUAGCUCAUUUUCAAGCUAGUGGUGAUUUGAAAUAUCUUGCUUUGUGAGAUUCUUUUUUCUCCUCUUUUUUUUCUCCUAGACUGUAGAUAUUUUUUGUGAAUGGAGGAAUGACUUCCCUAUGUAUAGUUAGUGGGUAGAUGGGUUUUUGGGAUCUAAUACAGAUUGUGAAGAUGCAGCUUUUGUUAGCUUUAGUUAUCAAUUGUUCAUGUAUUUGCUACCAUAUUCCAUGCAAAUAACUUGACGAAAAUGUACAUUUUUUUUUUUUUUA